GAUUCUCCCCGUUUUAAAAAUAGCAAGCACUAGUGCAGUCCAUCCCUUCCCCCUUUGAGUACCCACCAGCCCCAGCCUGUUAGGUAUUACUGAAAAGAUUUCACUGUGCUGCUGACAUUCUGCGUUGAGCACAAACAUUCUCUAGGUGGAAUAACACAUGGAGAUUUAGCCUUGGGAGAGCUGAUAAACCACCGAAGAGCGAGCCAUAUUCAGGGGAAAGGAUGGCUGUACAGCCUGCACUACAGUGUAGCCGCAAGAGGAAAAAGGCUGUAGAUAGCACAGAAAAGUAUCCAGCAAAGAGAAGUGCCAGCUGGGGUAUCCUCACUAACCAAGGAUCCUGGGCAGAUCGAUCUCCAUUGCAUGAGGCAGCAAGCCAGGGACGUCUACUUGCUCUGAAAACAUUGCUUUCACAGGGCUACAAUGUCAACACUUUAACCAUUGACCAUGUGACCCCACUACAUGAAGCCUGCCUGGGAGAUCAUGUUGGAUGUGCAAGAACACUACUGGAAGCUGGAGCACAUGUGAAUGCUACAACUAUUGAUGGAGUGACUCCUUUGUUUAAUGCAUGUUCAAGAGGCAGUGCAAGUUGUGUGGAGCUGCUAUUGGAAUAUGGUGCAAAGGCAUACCUGGAGACCUGUCUUCCUUCACCUGCUCAUGAGGCAGCAAGUAAAGGUCACAGUGAAUGUCUGGAUGCUUUGAUUUCCUGGGAUAUAGAUGUGGACCAAGAUAUUCCUCACUUAGGCACUCCUCUUUACAUGGCAUGUAAAGGACAACACAUAGCUUGUGUGAGGAAGCUCUUAUAUGCAGGUGCUAAUAUACAGCAGGGCAGACACUUGGAUACACCCCUACAUGCUGCUGCUCAGCAGGGCAGUACUGACAUAGUCAGUCUAUUGCUGGACUUUGGUGCUGACAUUAAUGCCCGAAAUACAGAUUUCAAAAGGCCAGUUGAUGUAGCUGUUCCAAAAAGUCCAGUGGAAAGACAGUUACUUUUAUAUGAAGCUAACCCAUGUUCGCUGUGCCAGCUGUGCAGACUUAGCAUCCGCAACUGCCUUGGACAAGCUAGAUUACAUAUGAUUCCACGCCUACAACUGCCUACUAUGCUUAAAGAUUUCUUACAGUAUCGAGAAAGUAUAAGGAACUUUUAACAGCUGUAUGAAGCUCAUACCUGUGUACUGUACAUUAAAUGUCAUUUCAAAUCCACAUUUCAUUAAGCAGAUGG